AUGGACGACAGCCGUAAUCUAUAUGCUGCUUGCUAUGAAAACUCAAAAAUCAUACGAUUUGGCGACAGUGAUACAGUUGGAACAGUCUUGACAACGGGACUGAACAAUACAAAACAUUUCGUUGAGCCUACCUAUAUAUUUGUUGAUGAGAAUCGUUCCAUUUAUAUAUCAGAUUGGGGAAAUAAUCGAGUUAUAAAACAGGUGAAAGAUAUGCAGUACAACAGUAUCGUCGCUGGCUCUCUGAAGUAUCCUCAAGGAUUAUUCGUUGAUCAUAUGAAUAAUCUCUAUGUAGUAGACGGAGGGAACAAUCGAGUAAUGCACUGGUGUAAAGGAUGUGAAACAGGUGAGACGGUUGUUGGUGGUAAUGGAGAGGGAAACCAAGCAAAUCAAUUUGAUGAUGCCAAAGAUUUGGCAUUUGAUCGAAAAUAUAAUCUUUAUGUUGUCGAUCGCGAUAAUCAUCGAGUGCAGAGAUUUGAUGUUUAUAUCAGUUGA